AUGUCGACAGAGAAAACGUCCCAGGCGUCCAAGGAGUACCAGCUCAAGGAGGCUGAUGUGAAGAAGAUGCUCGUUGCAACGACUCACCUUGGCGUCCGCAACAUCGAUAGGAGGAUGCAGUUCUACAUCUUCGACAGGCAGAAGGAUGGGACCUUUGUCUUCAACCUGCAGAAAGUCUGGGCCAAGAUCGUCUUCGCAGCACGCAUCCUCGUCACCAUCGAUGACCCCGCCGAGAUCGCCGUGGUCGCUAACAGACCCGAUGCUCAGCGUGCUAUCCUCAAGUUCUGCAAGUACACGCACGCGACUGCCUUCCCCGGCCGCUUUAUCCCUGGCAACUUCACCAAUCGUAUGAACCCGAACUAUUGUGAGCCUCGCCUCCUCCUCGUCAACGACCCGGUUGUCGACCGUCAGGCUAUUCUCGAGGCGUCCUACGUGAAUAUUCCGACUAUAUCGCUUUGCAACUCGGACGCUAACCUGAAGUUCAUUGACGUGGCAAUCCCCUGCAACAACAAGACUCCCAUGAGCAUCGGGCUUAUUUACUGGCUCCUUGCUCGUGAAGUUCUCAGGCUCAAGGGGAGCAUCUCAAGGACUGAGGAGUGGGAUGUGAAGCCCGAUCUGUUUGUUGCUCUUCCCGAGGAAAUCCCAGACGAGGAGGAGAGUGAGGACUUCUAUGAUGACGAUGAGGAGGAGGAUGAGGAAUUUUCCGCCGGCAAUGGCAACCUCUUCGACGAGUACUAA